GCUGAGGUAGGAUUCAGUGUGGAUUCUAGUUUAGAUCACACACACUGUAGCUCAUGAGUGAUGCAAGCACUAGUGAGGAGUUGUUAGCGGACGACCGUAGGACUACUCGUAGAACUGCUCUCAAUCGACCUUUGACUUUCCUAGAGUUAGGUCCAAGAGACGAGAGGAGACUGUGGAGAGAGGCUAGAGAGAGAACAGCGGCGAGAAGAGCGAGGGUGGCUGAGGCCAGUGCCAGGUCUAGGAUUACAGCUAGCACCGGUACGACCAUGGCUACUUCCUCUACCAUGUCGCAGGCCUCUUCACAGGCCACUCCGUCAGGAGUCGGUCAGAGUGGUUCUCAGGCUUCCAUUAGCCAGAGUGUUGGCUUGCAAGUCAGCCAGCAGGCUCAACUCACUCCGGAGCUGCAUAACUCGCUCCUGUGUGUGGCGGAGACGCAGGUUGUUCAGCGGGAGGUGUUGGCUGAACUAGUGGCAGGCCAGAAACGACUUCUGGCUGCACUACAGGCUCCUCGUCCAGUGAUGAGGCAGCCUCAGUUUGCUGUAGCUUCCCCAUCGGUUGCGGGUCCAUCCAUGACGCCGUCGCUGGCUGGGCCCUCAUUCUCACCUAUGUUUGGCAUGCCCCCUCCAGGUGGUUAUGUGGCGACUAGUGGUCCGGUCCUUGGAGUCUCUGUCGUACCAUCGACAACAGUGGUAACUACAGUCCCAUUGUCAAGCCAUGCCCAGGUACUCCUUACGGAUUACCUUAGAUGUCUUCCUUCAGAGGUUAGGACAAAGCUGGUAGACGAGGCCUACGUCGAACAGCACAACUUCGCUUCCUUCAGCAAGAAGGCCUUAGACAUAGAGGCAAAGUUGGGAUCUGCGCAUCAGAGUCAAGAAGAUGGUAGGAAGAAGAGACUACCCCAGGACUGGAAGAAGAAAGGUCAACUAAUGUUCGUCGACCACGAUGGUCAGGCGACAGAAAUUGACGACUUCCCAGACCUUGGGGAGGAGACAAAGCACGAUGGGGCCAGUGAGACUUCGGAUGGGGGAGUCGUGGCACCCAUCAAGGAAAAGGCUAGGGGGACCGGGAAGAAGAAGGUAGGCCAGUCUAUAGGUCAAGGCGACCAAGGCGUGGUAGAAAGGGAGGUGGUCCAUGCAAUAGAGGUUGUCCCGGGUAGUAAAGUACCUAGAGGACGCAUCUAUGGGAUGUCUCCUGCGGAGUUGGAUGAGCUCCGUUGCCAGCUCAAGGAGCUCACAGAAAAGGGAUGGAUUCGGCCUAGUACCUCCCCUUACGGUGCGCCAGUUCUAUUUGUCCCAAAGAAGGGAGGUACCUUGAGGAUGUGCAUUGACUAUAGGGGCCUCGAUGCCAUCACCGUUAAGAACGCGGAGCGCCCACCCCGCAUCGACGACCUCUUGGAUAGAGUGCAGGGAUGCCGGUACUUCACCAAGAUAGAUCUGAAGUCCGGAUACCAUCAAAUUGCCAUUAGACCAGAGUACCAACACAAAACCGCAUUUCAGACCAGGUACGGUUUGUACGAGUUUGUGGUGAUGCCCUUUGGCCUAUGCAAUGCACCUGGUACUUUCCAGCACGCGAUGAACAGGAUAUUUCAUGAGUACUUAGACAAGUUUAUCGUCGUAUACCUCGACGAUAUUCUUAUCUUUAGUAGGACUGCACAGGAGCACGCUGAACACUUGAAAAUAGUGCUAGGUCUCCUAAGACAGCACCAGUACAAGGUUAACUUGGAGAAAUGCGAGUUUGGUCGCACCAAGAUCUUGUACUUGGGUCAUGAAAUCUCGGCGGAUGGAUUGAGGCCGGAUGAUGCUAAGGUGGCCAGCAUACGUGACUGGUCCAGACCUCAAACUGUUACUGUGGUCAGAUCGUUUUUGGGGAUGACGGGCUACUAUCGUCCGUUUGUAAAGAACUAUAGUACUAUAGAUUCCCCAUUAACAGAUCUAAGUCAACUAGACACCCCGUUGGAGUGGACUAAAGAGUGUGAGGCGGCCUUCAGGAAAGUGAAGUAUGCUCUGACCCACUAUGAGGUUCUUAAACUUCCCGACCCUGAUAAGCCAUUUGUUGUGACCACAAACGCCAGCCAAUAUGGUUCAGGCGCGGUCCUUGUGCAAAAGGAGGGGCCCAAGUUGCAACCUAUCGAGUACAUUAGUAAGAAGAUGUCAUCUCAGAAACUAGCCAAGUCCACUUUUGAGCGUGAGCUCUAUGCCCUGUAUAGAGCGCUGGUACAUUGGAGACACUAUCUCCUUGGUCGAUUCUUCUAUGUGAGAUCUGACCAUGAGACCUUGCGCUGGAUUAAGACACAACCGGUACUCUCCGAUGCACUCAAGCGAUGGAUACAAGUGAUAGACAUGUAUGACUAUCAACUUGAUCCAAUCAAGGGAUUUGGGAGAAAACUUACCAACUGGGCGAAGACCCAGACCGUAGACAGCUUUGUGGAUCUUGUAGAGCAGUGGUUCCGUGAUCCUACAACGGCACAGAAGGCUACCAAUGCGCUCUGCAUGUUGGAGACUCAUAAGUACCGGAAUGUGCAGGCUGUCACUGAGAAGCUGGAGGAGGAGGAGGAGGAGAAGGAGCAGGAUGACGAAGAAGAAGAACAGGAGGAGGAUUAUAACGAAGAAGAAGAGACGGAUGAAGAGGAGGAGCACGAGAAGGAGGAUGAGGAAGACGAAGACGAAGACGAGGAGGAGGAAGGAGUAAGAAGAAGAGGAGGAGGAGGAGGAGGAGGAGGAAAGAGAGCCAACGGAGGGGGCAGCGGCGAUGGAGGCAAAGCGGUACGUUGCGAGGGGAUGUGGGGUGUUGAGCGGGCAGGGAUGGCGUUGUGGCGACGGCAGCGGGGUAUUACGUGGACGGCGACGAUAGAGAUGAAGAGGAUGAGGAGGAGAAGGAUGGGAAGGACGAGAACGACGAGUCAGACUUAGCCGCGUCUGCACGCCCUCUUUUUUUUUCCCAAUCAAUCAAUCAAUCAAAAUCCGAUCC